AAAUAUCCGCCAAAACCGUAACCUGAACCUGUAUAUUCAUUAUCAUCUUUAAUUUAGAAUCAAGACUCAACAACAUUCUUUUCGGGUCGGAUUCUUACCAGAUUUUAUGAUAUUUGAUAUUUUAUCAUAUAUCAUCAGCCAUUAAACAUAAGCGAGAAGCUGUAGGUUAUUGAGAAAUGAGAACAAUAAGCAGGACAAACCAAUCAUCACCAUCUGUUAUUGUAAUCGGUGGUGGCUUUGCUGGUAUAGCUGCUGCUCGUGCCCUCUAUGAUGCUUCAUUUCGGGUUAUCGUAUUAGAGUCUCGUGACAGAAUUGGAGGUCGAGUUUGUACAGAUUACUCCUUUGGAUUUCCUGUAGAUUUAGGAGCAUCAUGGUUACAUGGGGUAUCAAAAGAGAAUCCCUUGGCGCCUCUCAUUGGAAGACUUGGACUGCCUUUGUAUCGUACAAGUGGUGACAACUCGGUUUUGUAUGACCAUGACUUAGAGAGUUAUGCUCUGUUUGACAAGGAUGGGAAUCAAGUAUCUCAAGAACUAGUCUCACAAGUCGGAGAAACGUUUGAGACCAUACUGGAAGAGACAAAUAAAGUGAGAGAAGAGUUUAGUGAAGAUACAUCUAUACGUCAUGCGAUAUCAAUUGUGUUUGAAAGAAACCCAAAACUUAGGUUGGAAGGGGUUGCUCAUAAGGUAUUGCAAUGGUACUUGUGUAGAAUGGAAGGCUGGUUUGCUGCUGAUGCCGAUACUAUCUCUCUCAAAUGCUGGGACAAGGAAGAGUUGCUUCCAGGCGGACAUGGACUUAUGGUCCGAGGUUACAAACCAGUAAUAAAUACACUUGCCAAAGGCCUUGACAUUCGCUUGAAUCACAGGGUAAAGAAGAUAAGCAGGCGCACAAAUGGUGUGAAGGUAACCGUUGAGAAUGGUAGAACAUUCUUUGCGGAUGCUGCCAUAGUUGCUCUCCCACUUGGUGUUUUGAAGUCAAACACAGUAAGUUUUGAACCAAGACUACCUCAGUGGAAAGAAGAAGCCAUAGCUGAUCUUGGAAUUGGAAUCGAGAAUAAGAUAGCUCUGCAUUUUGAAAAAGUAUUCUGGCCAAAUGUUGAGUUUUUAGGAGUGGUGGCCGAGACGUCGUAUGAAUGUAGCUAUUUCCUUAAUCUUCACAAGGCCACGGGUCAUGCAGUGCUUGUUUACAUGCCUGCGGGUCAACUAGCAAAAGACAUCGAGCAGAUGACGGAUGAAGCUGCAGCUAGUUCUGCUUUUCUACAGCUUAAAAAGAUUUUUCCUGAUGCUUCCACCCCGAUUCAGUAUCUAGUUUCUCAUUGGGGCAGUGACGUCAAUUCACUAGGUUCAUAUAGUUAUGAUAAAGUAGGAAAACCUCAUGAACUGUAUGACAAGCUAAGGAUCCCCGUGGAUAACUUAUUCUUUGCAGGGGAGGCAACAAGUUCUGACUUCCCAGGCUCUGUACACGGUGCCUACUCUACUGGAUUAAUGGCUGCAGAAGACUGCAGAAUGCGGGUUCUUGAACGUUACGGCGAGUUGGAUCUUUUUCAACCGGUUAUGGGCGAGGAAACCCUUGCUUCUGUGCCAUUGUUGAUUUCACGUAUCUAAAAAUCUGCUUCAUCAAGCGCAAACAUGGAGUGUAAAAUGUGUAAUGUACCCUGCUGUCUGUAGGGGUGUUAAUUGGUCGGGUUACUUGGGUUCCAGGUUAUUUGGGUGGGGUUAUAUGAGUUUUAAGAAUUAUAACUUAACCCAUAAACCAAAGCCAAAUAAGGCAACCCCUACGACCCAUGAUCCAUUCAGGUCGGGUUAUUAAGGUAUGGGUAUUUUUGACACCCCUACUGGUGUGUAUAGUUCAAUGUCAAUAUAUAGGUCUUUAAGGUUUGUUGCAAAGUGUGACCAUGUUCAUAGUUAAGUUAAUGAGUUGGAUAUAUACAAGCCCUUCAAUAAACAUAAAAGUUAUCUAUUGA